CCGGAUCCGGGGAGAUCGGAUAUAGUGGAUGCAGGGUCCGGGGAGACCAGGGUCCGGGGAGAUAUAUAGUGAAUGCAGGGUCCGGGGGGAUAUAGUGACCGGAUAUAGUGAAUGCAGGGUCCGGGGGAGACCGGAUAUAGUGGAUGCAGGGUCCGGGGAGAUAGUGCAUGCGGAUAUAGUGAAUGCAGGGUCCGGGGGACCGGAUAUAGUGAAUGCAGGGUCCGGGGGGACCGGAUAUAGUGAAUGCAGGGUCCGGGGGGACCGGAUAUAGUGAAUGCAGGGUCCGGGGAGACGGAUAUAGUGAAUGCAGGGUCCGGGGAGAGAUAUAGUGAUCGGAUAUAGUGGAUGCAGGGUCCGGGGGACCGGAUAUAGUGGAUGCAGGGUCCGGGGGACCGACCGGAUAUAGUGAAUGCAGGGUCCGGGGAGACCGGAUAUAGUGAAUGCAGGGUCCGGGGGGACCGGAUAUAGUGAAUGCAGGGUCCGGGGUUUAGUAACACUUUAAGAGAGAGGGGAGGCCGGGGAGAGCAGA